AUGAAUUUCCAAACUACUGCGAGAGUCGCACGCAUUGAUCACUCCCUUCCAGGAUUUGGUGAGUGCGUUGCAAUCCUGUAUAGUGAUAAAAAAAGAUCUAGUGCAACAAGCAAUCAAGGCGAGAAUCUCUCAGUAGAAGUUCCCUCUUCUGCAUUCCCGCCCCAAACACCGAAAGACCAAGUGGAUGGUGUGUUAAAGGCCAUAGACGAUUGCAGUGAUGAGCUCAAGGAUCUUCACUCGGCCAUUCGAAAAGGACUAGGGGCGCAACAGGGUAUAGAAGCAGCACAGCAAGCUGGACGAAUUGGCCUUCAUUUCAUUCCUGGUGGUCCGGCCAUCACCCUAGGCGCCGGCGUUGCCCUGUUUGGUACUGGUUCAGCCUCUAAAGCAAUCGCAGAUAAACUAGCUAUCACAAGCAAGCUGGAAGAAACGGGCCAGAAUAUCGGCCGUGUGCUAAUGACUGCGAACAAAGAUGCUUUGGAACGCGCCCGGCAGAACGAUGACAGUACAUUCCUUCAACUUUCAUACUUUGAGCAACCUGUGAGUUUGAAUGAUGUACAAGCGGCUGGGCUUAUGUUGCAGCUCAAUCCCGGAGCCACAAGCGAGCUGAGAAAGAAGAUUUUGUCUAAAGCAAUGGAUGACGUUAAGAAUAAUGCUGAACAAGCUGAAAACCGAUUUCCUGUGGCAUCGAUGAUCAACAAACAAUCCGAACACGCUGUGUGCCCAGAUAUGCCAGACUACAACCCUCCGGUGUAUCAAGAAGAACCUCUUCCGCCUGUCUUUGAGGUGAAGAAACGAGAUGGACAAGUCAAACCUGUAGGCACUAUCUUACUGACGGCUAAAAAUGCGAUAUUCAAAGUACCUAUAGCUAUGAUCAAACAUUCAAAGGCGCAUAAAGCUGCCAAGGCCAACACUGAACAUGGCAUGCCAGCUCUGGGUGAUUUUGUGAUCCGUCGUGGCCUUAUGCUAACCAGAACCCAGACUACAAAAGUGGACAACAAACUACAAUCAACUCUGAUCAUGUUACCUCCGGUGUGGGACUCGUGGAACCCUAAUUGUCAAGAUCUGCCCAUGCUCUUGGCUCCGCCUGUACUCAACUCACGCAACAAUCCUGAACUAAUGAAAACUCUGGGCGCAUCCCUAGACGGAUUUGUGCACAAGGGUGAGUAUGACUUCGCCCAUGGUACUGGACGGUUGCAGCCAGACACUCAGUCAAGCUCCUAUGUGCCUAUACGCUUACUGCCCGAGUGCGAACGGGAAAACCCCGACCUUGCUAAGAAGUGUGCAGUCUGUAGUAAAGAUUUCGGUAUUGUAUUGUCCAAACAUAACUGUCGUGCGUGCGGCAAAGUGGUUUGUGAUCUGUGUUCUAAAAAUAGAGUUGCUCUGGAAGGCGUGCCUUCUCGGGUGUGCAACUCCUGCAUAGUUACAUCGGGUACGAUCGACCCAGCUAUGGGAUUGGAAGCACCGAUGCCAAGUGUCCAGAGUGAAGGCAGGCGUGGGCGCCGUGGUAGAAAUCAGCAACCGCAGACUACCGGGGGUAGGAGAUAG